GCUGGCCUUUGUAUGUGGACCACCCUGUGUCAUCCUGUUCAGCCCAUUUGAAUUUUGACUUAAAUGUAGGCUCUUAGUCUGGUGUAAAGCUGAUGGGUGGGAGCAAAGGUAAAGAAUGAUGUAAUGCAGCGGCAGCCAGAAAGCAUCUUUUGUUUGAAUUGUGAAAUGGCUACUCCAUAGUCAUCUCCCGAUGAAUCAGAUGUGAGGGGCUGCUUUGUGGAACGAACCCUUUGUAACGGCACAUCAACUGGAAGCAGGAGGAGACAUUCAGUUGAAGAGCUCUUUCUGAAAAUGGGUUUAACUUUUCUUUUGCCAGUCACUACCAGCAUGACCUCAUACACUUCUAGUACAAUGGUGUGGCUAAGCCUUUGAGUACACAGCCAUUACAUCAUCGCAGCAAAUUAAGAGAGGGAGGUGGUGAAAGAGGCCUUAUUGUUGUCAUGGCCGAUGAGAUGAUCAGGACUCAACUCAUUGUCGCCGAGAAGUUGGUGGCUUUGCUGGAGAGUGGUACAGAAAAAUUGCUGCUGAUUGAUAGCCGCCCCUUUGUGGAAUACAAUACGUCCCACAUCUUGGAUGCCAUCAACAUCAACUGCUCCAAGCUUAUGAAGCGGAGGCUGCAGCAGGACAAAGUUUUGAUUACAGAGCUUAUUCAGCAUUCAGCGAAACACAAGAUUGAAAUUGAUUGCAAGCAGGAAGUGGUGGUGUAUGACCAAAGCUCUAAAGAUGUGACCUCUCUCUCAUCUGACUGCUUUCUUACUGUGCUCCUGGGCAAACUGGAGAAGAAUUUCAGCUCUGUGUAUCUGCUUUCAGGUGGAUUUGCCGAGUUCUCCAGCUCUUUCCCCGGUCUCUGUGAAGGAAAAUCCACGCUCGUCCCUACUUGCAUUUCUCAACCCUGCCUACCUGUCUCCAACGUUGGUCCAACCAGAAUCCUGCCACAUCUCUACCUUGGGUGUCAGCGGGAUGUCCUCAACAAGGAGCUGAUGCAGCAGAAUGAUAUUGGCUACGUACUAAACGCCAGCAAUACUUGUCCAAAGCCUGAUUUUAUUCCGGAAUCCCAUUUCCUGAGAGUGCCUGUGAAUGACAGCUUUUGUGAGAAAAUUUUGCCUUGGUUGGAUAAAUCAGUCGAUUUUAUAGAAAAAGCAAAAGCAUCAAAUGGACGAGUGUUAGUGCACUGUUUAGCUGGAAUAUCUCGCUCUGCCACAAUCGCGAUUGCAUAUAUCAUGAAGAGAAUGGAUAUGUCCUUAGACGAAGCUUACAGAUUCGUGAAAGAAAAAAGGCCAACCAUUUCUCCCAACUUCAACUUUCUGGGCCAGCUUUUGGACUUUGAGAAAAAGAUCAAGAACCAGAGCGGUCAGCCUGGACAUAUCAGUAAGCUGAAACUUCUGCACCUGGAGAAAAGCAGCGAGCACGUGCUGGUUGCAGAAGGUGGGCAGAGCAGCCUCUCCGCUAACCAGCUCUGCAUCACCACUACCUCCGAGAUGGUGGAACAGAAGCCGACGGACUGCAGCAGCGCACCACGAGGGCACUUGUCCCCCCUGGAAGAUAGCCCACUGGUGCAGGGCAUAAACGGACUGCACGUCUCCCUGGAUAAGGUGGAGGACAGCAACCGGCUGAAGCGCUCCUUUUCUUUGGAUAUCAAAUCUGUGUCCUACUCGGCAAGUAGCAACUGCAUGACCGCGUCGGUUCAGGGCUUUGCCUCCUCCGAAGACACCCUGGAAUACUACAAACACGCGACUGCUUUAGAGGGCAGCAGCAAGUUGUGUCAGUUCUCCCCUGUCCAGGAGGUCUCGGAGCAGACCCCAGAAACCAGCCCUGACAAAGAGGAAGCAAACCCCCCCAGGAAGCCCCAGAGCGCCUGGCAGCUGGAGAGCCAGAGCAAACGGCAACACCUGGGGAGAGCCAGCAGCAGUGCCACCACGCAGCGGUCGCUCCUGUACCCCCUCCACCGGAGCGGGAGCGUGGAAGACAACUACCGAACGAACUUCUUGUUCGGUCUCUCCACCAGCCAGCAGCAUUUGGCGAAGUCUGCUGCUGGGCUGGGCCUCAAAGGCUGGCACUCGGACAUCUUGGCUCCUCAGACAUCGGCUACGUCCCUUACCAACAGCUGGUAUUUUGCAACCGAGUCCUCGCAUUUCUACUCUGCCUCCGCCAUCUAUGGGAACAGCGCUGCUUACUCUGCCUACAGCUGCAGUCAGCUGCCCACGGGCUGCGACCAGGCCUGCGCUGUGCGCAGGAGGCCGAAGCAGGGCGAUCGAGGUGACUCCCGGCGCAGCUGGCACGAGGAAAGCUCUUUUGAAAAGCAGUUUAAGCGGAGGAGCUGCCAGAUGGAGUUUGGGGAGAGCAUCAUGUCAGACACCAGAUCCAGAGAAGAACUGGGGAAAGUAGGCAGUCAGUCGAGCUUUUCAGGCAGCAUGGAAAUCAUUGAGGUGUCUUGAGGGGCAGCAGGCUUGUGUGACUGUGUCUGAGCUGCUUCCCCCUCCAGGCCGCUCCCCCAGCCUUUGAGAGGUCCCUGUAAAUCUGAACA